AUGUUAGCUGAGAGAAAAGGAACAGAUGAAUUAUAUGCAAUUAAAAUUUUGAAGAAAGAUGUCAUAAUCCAAGAUGAUGAUGUUGAAUGUGCCAUGAUUGAAAAGAGGGUUUUGGCAUUGUCAAAUAAACCUCCAUUUCUUGUGCAACUACACUCCUGUUUCCAGACAACAGAUAGAUUAUAUUUUGUGAUGGAAUUUAUCAAUGGAGGUGACCUUAUGUUUCAAAUUCAGAAAUGUGCCAAAUUCAAAGAACCUGUUGCAACGUUUUAUGCUGCUGAAAUAGCUAUAGGACUGUUUUUCCUGCACAAUAGGGGUAUUAUUUAUAGAGAUCUGAAGCUAGACAAUGUUCUUCUUGAUCAAGAUGGCCAUAUAAAAAUUGCUGAUUUUGGAAUGUGUAAGGAAGGGAUUAUGGGGAACAAAACAACUAAAACAUUUUGUGGAACACCUGACUAUAUUGCACCUGAGAUCAUUCUGUAUCAACCGUAUGGAAAAUCUGUGGAUUGGUGGGCAUAUGGAGUUCUUCUAUAUGAAAUGUUAGUAGGACAGCCUCCAUUUGAUGGAGAAGAUGAAGAGGAACUUUUUGCAUCUAUCACUGACCACAAUGUAUCUUAUCCCAAAUCUCUUUCAAAAGAAGCGAAAGAAAUUCUGAAAGGUUUCCUUACAAAGGAUCCAGAGAAGCGAUUAGGCAGCGGUUCAACAGGAGAAGAAGAUAUUCGCAUUCAUCCUUUCUUCAGAAGAAUAAGUUGGGAUAAAAUCGAGAACAAAGAGGUGCAACCUCCUUUCAAGCCAAAAAUAUGGAAUUUUUAAAGAAAUAUGGAGAAGUGGUAAUAAAUGAAAAUGAUAUAACAGAAGAUUUUCAAGAUGAAGACAAUGCCUCAAUCAUCAGUCAUCUAACUGAUCGCAAAGGUCUGUAGUAUGGCUCAAAAUCCAGAAAAUAUUGCGACCAAUAGUGACAGAGAGGUUGCUUAGAAAGAAAAAAUUUUCAUUUAUAAUUUUGUGAGAAUUUUUAAUAUAUCAAUUAAAGGACUUUAAAGACACUAGAACUUCUUUAUAGCUGAAAAAGAAACUGUGUUUGUCUUUUGAAGUAAAAACAAAGUAUUAACACACACACACACACACACACA